UCCUCCACCAAGAUGGACUCGGCGUCGGGGGCCGCCAUCUUGGUCAGGGCCGGAGCGGCAGCCAGCUGGAGGCUGACGCUGGCAGGGUUUUCCAACUCAAAGGUCGCCAUGAGUCAGUGAGCGGACAACGUGGGGCAAACCCAGCUGAACCCUGGGCCCCGCGUAGCCCGGGGGCGCCGGCUAGGCCGCGGGCCCGGCGACGGCUCGCCCGAAGGAUGGUGAAGUGGCGAGUGCUGAGGCGCUGCCUGCAGCUGCUGGCGCCUUCGGAGGAGCCGGCGCGACAGGGUCGAAGUCGGAGUCGGGGGCGGGGGAACCCGAGCGCUGGCAGCUGCGGCCACUCCGGCUGCACGGGGGCGCUGUGGCCCGCAGCCGAGAAGCGGCACAGGCGGCGGAGACACAGCACGCGUCCGGCGUCGCCCCGCGCCAGUUCUUCAAAGGACAUGGAUGAAAAUGAAAGCAACCAGUCCCUGAUGACCAGCAGCCAAUAUCCUAAAGAAGCAGUAAGAAAACGCCCAAAUUCAGCACGGAAUUCUGGAGGAAGUGAUUCUUCUAGGUUUUCCAGGAAAAGUUUCAAACUGGAUUACAGACUAGAGGAAGAUGUAACUAAAUCAAAGAAAGGAAAGGAUGGGAGAUUUGUUAAUCCUUGGCCAACAUGGAAAAGUCCCUCUAUUACAAAUGUUCUCAGAUGGCUAAUCAUGGAAAAAGAUCACAGCAGCAUUCCAUGUUCCAAAGAGGAACUGGAUAAAGAACUCCCAGUGCUUAGGCCUUAUUUUAUGGAUGACCCUGAAGCAGCUGGAGUGAGGGAAGCUGGCAUGCGAGUCACGUGGCUGGGACAUGCAACAGUGAUGGUGGAAAUGGACGAGCUCACAUUUCUCACCGACCCCAUCUUUAGCGCGCGCGCUUCCCCGUUGCAGCACAUGGGUCCAAAACGCUUUCGUCCUCCCCCGUGCACUGUAAGUGAACUCCCCCCGAUCGACGCGGUCCUGAUCAGUCACAACCACUACGACCACCUGGACUACCAUUCUGUUGUUGCUCUGAAUGAGCGAUUCGGCAAUGAGCUGAGAUGGUUUGUGCCUUUGGGGCUCCUUGACUGGAUGCAAAAAUGCGGCUGUGAGAAUGUGAUUGAGCUGGACUGGUGGGAGGAGAACUGUGUCCCCGGACACGAUAAAGUCACUUUUGUCUUUACACCUUCACAACACUGGUGUAAAAGGACUCUAAUGGAUGACAACAAGGUUCUGUGGGGCAGCUGGUCCGUCUUGGGCCCUUGGAAUCGAUUUUUUUUCGCAGGAGACACCGGUUAUUGCCCUGCUUUUAAGGAGAUAGGAAAAAGAUUUGGACCUUUUGACCUUGCAGCUAUUCCUAUUGGAGCGUAUGAACCAAGGUGGUUUAUGAAGUACCAACAUGUAGACCCAGAAGAAGCUGUAAUGAUUCACAUUGAUGUGCAGACAAAGAAAUCAGUGGCAAUUCACUGGGGGACUUUCGCCUUAGCAAAUGAGCAUUACUUAGAGCCUCCAGUAAAACUGAGUGAAGCUCUAGAAACAUAUGGACUUAAGACUGAAGAUUUUUUUGUCUUGAAGCAUGGAGAAUCAAGGUACCUAAAAACCGAUGAUGAAAACUUUGAAUAAAUAUGAGCACAGGAGCUUUUAGUAAAAAAGACAUCAUCUGAUACAAAUUUGAAAAGACUAAGAAAUUAAUGAAUAUUAUUUUUUAUAUUUGGAAAUAACUUCUGCAAGUUUUUUUUAUGUAAUAACUUGCUUACUCUAAUACAUUGCUAUUUCAUUUAAACAAAGACGAGUUCAGGUAUGGGUCAUUUAAAUAAUAAAUUGGCUAAUGUCAAUUUUAAAUCUCAUUUCAAUGGUAUAAGCAUUGAAUGGGAUUUUUUUUUUACUAAAACAUUAUACUUUAUGUAUAGAAUUUUCUGAAGUUAUGAAAAACUGAUUUGAAAGAUUCAUUUCUGUUCUAUUCUUGAGGGCCUUCUUCACAGGUGAUCAAGGCUGUCUGCAUACCUGGAUGUUUUCAGAGUCCUGCUCACAUAAACAUAUCUUUUACAUGCAUAUUAGAGUAGUGGUGAAAUUGACUCCCACAUGCUUAUAGUAGUUCUUGCUCUACUAAGAUUUAGCUUACAUGCCAAAUAUUAAUUAAGUGAUAUAUAUUUUUCAGCAUAAAAACAAGUUGCCAUUUUUAAAGACUUAAUUUUUGAAAGAGGGGAACAGUAUAUUCUAUUGCAUGUCUACAGUCCCCAAAUCAAAAGCCCUAUGAGUUGGACAAAGGAAGAGUGUAAUUAUGAGACUAUGAUUUAUGAAAAUUUCUAUUUUUAAUCUAAAAGUCAGACCCACUAAGCACAAAUAUAGCUGCAAGGAAACAAUAUUUUAUGAAGAUAAAUGCAGAUCUCAAAUGUUAGUAUACCAUGCAAUUUGAAUUAAAUUUUAUUCUCUCCAUACACUCAUUUUUUCUUGGUUUCUUAGUUCUAAUUCUAAAUACAUCAAUAAGAUUUAUAAACAUUUUAUGUUUUACAUGAUUCAGAUGUCUUAUAUUUUUAUAUUAAAUGAUCCCAAAGCACAAUUUUACUUUUAUUAAGCCAGUGUGGAAUACUAAUGGUAAAAAAAGAGAAAGAGAUGGGAAUCACCCGACCUGAGCUUUUAGUCCCACGAGGGCUCUGCGGUCACUUGAUUACUCUGAACCUUCGUGAGGUAGAGAGCUGAGUAGAUACAUUUGGAGGCCCAUUCUAGCUUCUUGAUCCAUAAGCUCAGUGAAAUAAACUUUAUUCAUAGCAAAUUAUCAAAAUAGGUUUUCUGUACCCAAUUCUACCCAGGCAGUGCUCUACAGCACAUAUAUAUGCAUGCGCCAUGUCAGCCACUUAAUUCCGUCAUGGAUUGUCUGUGUACCCUGAAACAAGUCACCUCUGCUCACUGUGCCUCAGUUUCCUCAUGUGCAACAAGAGGAGAAUUUUGACCUACCUCCCCAAAAUGUGAAUAAAUAGUAAAGUGAUUUUUUUAAAAAGCACUUUGAAAAUGUAAGUGAAAAAAUGAUUUCUUACGGUACCACUGCCUAAUACUGAUAGACAGAUGUGAAAACUGAAAAUAGGCUAAUGCUUUUGAUAAUGUGUUAUUCCUGUUGCCGAUUUAAGCAUAUAUAUUAGGACACUAAAUAUUGAGGACUAGCAACAUUAUCUCACUCGUUUUGUAAAAUUUGGAGUCAAAAUAAAUGUAAAUGAUCUUUGACAAAAUUUAGCAUUUUUAUCCACAAAGAUCAAGGAGAAAUGUAUAUAUAGUAUGUGUGUAUACAAUGUAUGUGAAUGUAUGUGAUUUGAGGGCACUCAAGCACAAAAAAAUUUCCCAUACAAUAAAUGUUCAGGACAAAAAGUGAACAGGCGUAAAAGUUUUCACUUCAGAGGAACAUUUAACAAGCAGAUGUGAAUCCGGACGUUAGGUGGGCUUUGGGGCGUACUGCCCCAUACCAGCCAGAGUUGGUCACCUUCCUUGCUGUUGCAUGCUGAAUUGAAAAUUCAUCUCUUACCUCUGCUCUACGGAGCAAGCCAAGUACAUCUUGCUAAAUUUCUUGUCCGUAAAUGGCCUUAACAUUAUUUUUGUAUUCACAUGUACCAUGUGAGGGCCUCUAUGCCCUUUAAAUUAUGCAACUGUUCCACUUAAUUGGACCUGCCUCAUUUUUCUAGGCUGCCUCACAAGCUUUAAUUUUUAAUUACCAUUCAUAUUCUUUCUACUUUUACAUUUUAUCAUUAAGAGGUACAUCAAGCUUCAUCUCUCCUUAUAGAAUCUCACUAUUGGGUGGUUCUUCCCAUUUUAUUUUUCACUUAUUUACAUUUUGAAGGGUUUAUGUGCAAAGUGAAAAAAAAGUUUUGAAAAAUAGGAAGUCGGUUUCCUCCAUUCAGUCUAAUAUAUGUUGUAAUAUUUUUUAAUGUCUUAUCCUCCACGUCAAUUUCAUUUUCCUCUCUGAUUAGCCAGCAUCGAUAGCAAUAUGUGAAAUCUUACUGGAGUUUCCCUUUCUCCUACGGGAACUGAGGAACAUGUUGAUAUUCCUCAUUGCCCAACAGGAUGGAACCGUCAAUUAGGAGGAAUCCCACUUAAUAAAGAUCAGCUUGUGCAUUUUCAUUAUGUCAUUCUCUCUGGGUAGUUAAAAAUGACUCCCCCUUUUCUGUAGCAUUUUGACAUUUCACACUCAGUGCUCUGAUCGCCAGGAAAUGUGGUUAUUUAUUCAAACUAAUAAUAGAGGAAAAGAAGAGUUUUAGAAUCCAAUGCUGCUAAAAGCACAUUGAAACCAAAUCCUGGUUUUUAAUGUGUGCACAUUUUGAAUACAUGUUUUCAUUAAACAAGGAGGCAGAUUUAAAAAAUUGUUAUAAAGAAAUGGACUGUUCAGGGAAUACUUGUGUUUGCAUCACUAAUAAAAGUAUUAUUCUUAGCCAUCAUAUGUGCAUUACUACUAUAGCUAAUUGGGAAUUCACAUGUUUCAUCUUAAUACUAAAUCCUUUUUCUACUGUAAAAAUAUUUGUUCCAAGUUUGAUUUCUGUAUCAGGAUAACCCUGAAAAUAUAAAUUUUUCUGUUUGAGGAUUUGUGACUUCCUAUGGAAAUCCAUGUUUUUACAAAUGAAAUUUAAAGUACUCUUGAAGCUUCGCCUUAAAUACAUGAGUAGGAAAGCUUCUGCUUGCAUCUGGUUUACUUAAUACUAAGCAUGGUGGUGUUAUGAACUUGAAUAUUAUAAAAUCUGGCUGAAUUCAAAUACAUCAAUAAAUUGUUAUAGUAGCUUAUGGAAUAAAAAUAAUAUUAAAUAGCUGA